GCCCAGAAGAGCCCGGCCGCGGAGGCCGGGGGGCGCCUUUCUCUUUAAGAGCCGCACGGGCGCUCCUGAUUGGCUGUAGCUAUGCAGGGUUUUCUUCCACACUCCCUCGGAGCGCUCCCUCCCGCGUCACCGGUCCAGCUCCGUUUCCACAGCACCCCUCCCCGGCCGCGCGCCCUUCCCGCCCCGCGCGCGCCUGCUCUUUCUCGCCGCGGAGUUCAGCCCGGGCAGCCGUAUGGGGGAUACGCCAGCAACAGAUGCCGGCCGCCAAGAUCUGCAUUCCUAGGCCACGCUAAGACCCUGGGGAAGAGUGCAGGAGUCCGGGAGAAGGGCUGGAAGGAGGGGACAGGACGUGCGGAGAAUUCCCCCCUAAAAGGCAGAAGCCCCCGCCCCCACCCUCGAUCUCCGCUCGGGCCGUGCGCCUGCCUGCCUGCUGCUGCUGCGGGCGCCCACCUCGCCCAGCCAUGCCAGGCCCGGCCACCGACGCGGGGAAGAUCCCCUUCUGCGACGCCAAGGAAGAAAUCCGUGCCGGGCUCGAAAGCUCGGAGGGCGGCGGCGGCCCGGAGAGGCCAGGCGCGCGCGGGCAGCGGCAGAACAUCGUCUGGAGGAACGUCGUCCUGAUGAGCCUGCUCCACUUGGGGGCCGUGUACUCCCUGGUGCUCAUCCCCAAAGCCAAGCCGCUCACUCUGCUCUGGGGUAAGUCCCGCCGGCGCCCCCUGCGCCCCGGGCUCAGUGGCCAGGCCGCGCUGGGGCGCGCGAGGUCGCCGCUGGCCCCUCGGCUGCGGUGUUUUUGUUCCGGUAUUUUCAACUUCCGCGCCCCCCUACCCCGCCGCGGUCUGCGUAAGGAAGCGCGUUUGCCGGCUUCCCUAUGGAGAGCCGAGGGGACCCGGAGUCCUGCGGCGCCACAGCUGGCGCAGAGGCGCGCGAAAGGAGAGGCUGGGCACAGGCUGAAUCGGUUCUCAUUCUUCGGAAGUUUCUCAGUGAGCAAACCGAGCCCAUGGCGAGAGCGGUCUGACCCUAGCACGAAGCUCCGACUGUGGCUGUGCAGAGCCUUCUCCAAACCCUGUUACCAUCUGGCCAGUGCGGGUCUGUUCCUCACCUGUGGCUCUCCUGGUACCCGCCUUCCGUACACCCCCACUCCUGCCAGUAGGGAAGGGAGCCCAGGCACUGACCACUAUUCCCCUUCCCCUAGGCUCCAGGGGCUCCGUGCCCACCCUGCACGACCCCAGUCGUUGAUCUUUGAACCACUUCGCAGCCGCCCUGGCCGCAAUAACUGGUUUUGGCCUCCUUUACUGAAGCGGCAGUAG